AUGAGCAUUAAUCCUGACGAGGCUGUAGCUUAUGGGGCAGCUGUUCAGGCUGCUUUGUUGAGUGAAGAUGUUAAGAACGCUCCAAAGUUGUUGCUGCAUGAUGUUACACCGUUGUCUCUUGGCAGGUCAGUAAAAGGAGAUAUCAUGUGUGUUGUGAUUCCAAGGAACACUUGUAUUCCUGUCAAACAGACACAAAAGUACUAUAGAAGUGCCGAUGGCCAAUCGUCUUCCUUGAUUGAGAUUUAUGAGGGCGAGAGAACAAGAGCCAGUGAGAACAAUUUGCUCAGUUUAUUUGUGCUUUCUGGCUAUCCCCCAGGUCCUCGUGGUUCCCCUUCUUCAGAUGUCUCUUUUGCUAUAGAUGAAAAUGGCAGUCUGACGGUUUCUGCUACUAAUAAUGCUUCUGGAAAUUCAAUCAAGGUUACAAUAACCAAUUACAGAGAAAGAAUGUCGGCCGAAGAAAUUAACAAAUUGAUCAAAGAAGCUGAGAAUUACCAUAUUGAAGACAUGAAAUUCCUAAGGAAGGCAAAAGCAGUGAAUGCAUUAGAUGACUACAUUUAUAAAAUGAGAAAUGCUUUAAAGAUGGUGGAUGUUAGCUCUAAACUCUCCUCACUAGAGAUUAAGAAGAUGGAAGAUGCAAUUGCAGUUGCCACAAAUCUGUGUGGUAACCAGCAGGUUGAAAUAGAAGUUCUGGAGGAUUAUCUCACGGGGCUUAAGAGUAGGAUGAAAUACAUUAUAGCCAAGACAGUUUAG